AUGCCUACCACUGCAUUCUUGGAUCAGUAUUCUCCCGAGGCGGACAACUCUUCAAGCUUUAACGAAAUUACGGAAGAAACGACAAAUUUGAAUACAGCUGAACGAAACAGUAAGGCCGUGUUCUACUGUUGCUUGUUCCUUCUCGGCUCCUUAGGAAAUACAAUGGUUAUUUUGGUAUUGAAAGGAAAGCGAAAACGAACCAUUAAUGAUUAUUUUAUUUUAAACUUGGCAGUAGCAGACUUAACUUUCUUGUGGCUGUCACUUCCUUUCUAUACGUACGAACUUUUUCAGCCGUUUAACAAGAAUUUAUUGUAUUGUAAACUAAUUUGGCCGAUGAUGUCAGUUACCUCAUCAGUCAGUGUUUUCACCUUAACGUCCAUGGCAGUCGAACGGUGCCGAGGAAUCACAAACCCUUUGCAACCGAGAAUCAAGCCGCAAGCCACAUUGAUAUGGAUUUUCCUUAUCUGGAUCUUUGCCUUCUUUACUUUAGUUCCGUUGAUGAUCGUGGCGCGGUCGGAAGGUGUGUUCUGUGCGGAAAAUUGGCCGAAGAACUACUAUCAUCAAGCGUACACUGCUGUUUUAUUCGCUCUUCAAUAUGGCAUCCCCUUGUUUGUAAUUGCCACAGCAUACUUUAGAAUCGCUAUUUUUCUUAUCAGAUCUCGGUUACCGAUGCUAACAACGAUCAACUCUAAGGGGGAGGUUAUCAGGCACAAAACGAGAAGCGAAAAUGUUCAGAUAAUCCGGACACUGGCUGUUAUUGUGAUUUUGUUCAUGGCCUGCAUGUUUCCCAAUCAAAUCGCUUGGAUGCUGUUUGAUUUUGGCGGUGCCUCGCACAAGAAGCUGUCCGACGCAUUUUGGACCUGCGCAGAGGCGUUCAUGUUUUUACACGCUUGUAUAAACCCAAUAGUGUACGGUUCUCUUACUCGGCAGUUUUGUCGAGGAUACAUCCGAUUCUUCCGACACAUUUUCUGCUUCUGCAAAGUGAACGUCGAUUACCCAAUUGGUGUUUCUCACAACCAGACAGAAGACAGAGAUUUGCGUCCAAAGCGAAAAGUCGGAGUACUUCAUGGUUUUCCUAAACUCAGUGAAAACUCGAUGAUCAGUGGCUGUCAGGAAACAAAACUAUAA